GCAGAAAGAAAGGAGGAGGGCAGGUUUGGCCUAGUGAAGCACGUCUUUUGGAGGGAUUUAUCCUACUGAGAGUGGAGGUAAAUGGACUAAGGAAUGACUUCUUAUGAAGUGGAGUAUUCCUCAAUUUAAUAGAUCUUCGUCUUUCUCAUAAAUAGAACCCAGAAUGACUUCUCUUACUAAAGAAAGAAGUGAUCCAGCUGACAAUGCUCUCAGAAAUCUAGAAAAUGAGGCACCAAAUGUCUGUAGUACCAAUAUUCAGCCUUUAUUUGCUGAUUCUAAUAUAAUUUCUCAGAUGGAAAGCAACCCAGUGAACAGGGAGCUAGACACACCAACCUCCCAGGAGCUUGAUGUUCCUCAAGUAGCAGAAAACAAUGAGCUUGAAAUAGAGAAGACUCAAAAAGAUCCUCAAAAAGAAGACUUAGGGAAGGAAGAGUGCCUUCUCCUUCAGAUCCCCAUUCCUAGAAAAUGGAUCUUUCUCAUCUCAGGAUUAGAAAGAAUUAUCUAUCUGAAUAUCCCACUAGUAAAAAUUGAUAAAAACAAUCCCUUAACUAAUAGAGCAAGAUUCUACUCAGGAAAAGUGGAGAUGAAAACAAGUAAUUUCUGUCAUAGCAUCAUAAAUUACAAAAUUCCUCUCCAACUCUCAAUUUCAUGGAGAAAUCCAUUCAUCAACAAUCACGAGAUGAGAAGAAUGAUUCACCGUCUGCUGUGUGGGAGGCAUUUCUCUCAGCCUGCAAGUCUUCAAAAUACCGUAUGGGUAAAGCAAAAAUAUACAGCGUUUCUUCCUCGUCAGAAUGUCCUCACCCACGUGGAGAAGGCCAUAAUAUUGAGAAGACCUUUGAAGAUGUACUACUACCAUACCGUCAUUGAGAGACUUACAGCAGGGAAAUUUUACAAGUCAACUGAUACUAAAAGGGAAGGAUGAAUUCCACAUUUUUGCAAGGCCUGUGUUCUGUGUCCCAUCAACCCAAAUCCAAGGCACAUUUAAUGGAAAAGAUUUUGAGGAUCAUUUGAGAUCUCACUAUAAUAGGAAGUUUGUGGUCAUAAGCAACAAUAAGUGUUGGAAAUACCUAUGUCCUAUCUGUGGGCGUAGUUUCAACAAUUUGGAUGAAUUUAGACAGCAUUUUUGUAGCUUUCCUUGGAAUUAAGUUCAAUUGAGGUGAAUAUAUUUUAAAAUUUAACUUCUAAAAAUUCAUAUUUUGACUACCAAAUUGAGACGAAAUUGUAUGGACAUAAAUUUUAAAUUUUUAGAUAGAGUUGCAGAAAGCAGCACAAAAUAAUAGGAUAUCUUGGGAAGAAACACCUUUGAGAAAAGAGGACAAUUCAUAAGAAAACGUCUUUUUAUACUGUACUAGUACAAACGGAUCAUCAAAAUAUCAGGUCCUUGAUCUGUAUUGGGUCAGCGACUGAACUAAGAAAAUGUUUGCACUUUCUCAACAUCCAUUCUUCAGAUAAGAAUAUUGUUAAUAUUAUCAGAUUCCAAGUUCACAGGAUCCUGACAGUGAUAGCAAACAUAUAUGAGAGGGCUAGAUAAAGUUCCACCAGAUGUUUCUAAAGACUCUGCUAAAUUUAAUAUCUGAAAAGUUCUCCAUAAAUUCAAUAAAAAUCAUUUUA